AAUUUCUCAAAUUAGUUAAGCCUCAGGAACUUGAAACUACCAAAAUAUCCCUUUCAAGAAUUGGCCUCUCUCGCUGCAACUCCUGCGCACAAUCUGGAAGGAAAGAGAGAUUUAUUGGCUUCUUUUUGUCGUUGGAAAACGACAAUGUCACCGAGAUAAAGGAGGAGGAGGAAGAAGGAGAAGCAUAUUAUUGUUCCUUCUCUUUCUCUCCCUCCUUCAUUUACAAUCACAAAAAUUAAAUUCAUCAUCAAUGAAUGGGGACAUUUCAGAGCUUCAAAAAGGCUUAUGGUGCCCUUAAGGACUCCACAAAGGUUGGUAUUGCCAAGGUCAAUAGCGAAUAUAAGGAUUUGGAUAUUGCAAUUGUAAAGGCUACCAAUCACGUAGAAUAUCCUCCCAAGGAACGUCAUGUUCGAAAAAUCUUCGAUGCAACAUCAGCACACCAACCACGAGUAGAUGUGGCUUACUGCAUUCAUGCACUGUCCAGGAGACUAUCCAAAACAAAAAGUUGGAUAGUUGCCAUAAAGACUUUAAUAGUCAUUCAUAGGACUUUAAGAGAGGGUGAUCCUACCUUCAGAGAAGAACUUCUGAGCUUCUCACGUCGGGGAAAUGUUCUCCAAAUAUCCAAUUUUCUAGAUGAUUCAAGCCCUACAGCUUGGGAUUGCUCUGCAUGGAUUCGAACAUAUGCUCUAUUUUUAGAAGAAAGACUAGAAUGUCUUAGAAUCCUUAGAUAUGACAUUGAAUCUGAGCCUUUAACUCUAACAUCAGCAGUCACUCAGACACACAGCAGAACAAGAAUCUUACGUUCUGAUGAGCUGCUGGAACGGCUACCUGCAUUGCAGCAACUUCUUUACCGUCUUAUUGGUUGUCAGCCUGAAGGAGCAGCCUACAAUAUUUUUCUCAUACAAUAUGCAUUGGUGUUGGUACUAAAAGAGAGCUUUAAAAUAUAUUGUGCAGUCAAUGAUGGAAUUAUAAAUCUCAUAGACAUGUUCUUUGAUAUGUCAAGACAUGAAGCUGUGAAGGCUCUAAAUAUAUAUAAAAGAGCAGGCCAGCAGGCUAAAUAUCUUGCCAAUUUCUAUGAAUAUUGCAAGGGCUUGGACCUUGCUAGGAAUUUCCAGUUCCCAACAUUACGGCAGCCACCUCCAUCUUUUCUUGCCACAAUGGGAGAAUACAUCAAAGAAGCACCACAGACGGGUUCUGUUAAAAAGAGAUUGGAGUAUCAAAAAACUAUUGAAUCAACUCAUGAACCAGAACUAGAAGAACCUAAAGAACCAGACAAGAUUGAGAAACAAGCUGAGGACGUAAAUGAGGAAAGGCUAUUAGAGACAGUGGAAGAAAUACAGGAUAAGGAAGUGGAGACUGAGUUGCCUCCUCUGAUUUCAACUAAAGCUACUGAUGAUUUGCUGGGUUUGAAGGAAAUAAGUUCAAACGCACGAGACUUGGAAGAUGGCAAUGCCUUGGCUCUUGCAAUUCCUCCAACCAGUGGGAACAAUGUAAAUGAGCGUAGUUUGAAUGACAUUGCUGGUAAUUCUGGUUGGGAACUUGCUUUGGUUACAGAACAUAGGAGUAACCAUACCAAUCAAGCUCCAGAUGGUAAAAUGGCUGAUGGGUUUGACAAGCUAUUACUAGACAGUUUGUAUGAGGAUGAAUAUUCUAGAAGACAACUUCAACUCCAAAAUGCAAGAUAUGGACAUGGAGGGAUGGCUCUACAGAACCCAUUUGAUCAUAAUCAGAACCAGCAUGAUCCUUUUGCAAUGUCCAACAACAUAGCCCCUCCAGCUAAUGUACAAUUGGCUAUGUUGGCUCAACAACAACAGCAACAUCAACAACAACAAAAACAAUUAAUGUUUCAACAACAAAAUACAAUGAUGGUACCUCAUCAAUAUCCUCAGCAAAUGCAGCUUGUUGUAGGCUCUAAUCUUAACCCAUUUGCAGAUCCCUUGGUGUCACUUAGCUAUCCUCCAAGUUCAAGGCCUCCACAAGGAUAUUACAAUUUGUAACGUAGGGUUCAAAUUCUUUAAUUCUCACAUAGUAUAGGGUUAUCUUUCGCCUUAAAAAGGAUGUACUCUUGUUCUGUGUAGUAUUGGAUUUCUCUUUCAUUGUCAUAGAUCAUUUUCUUUUAAAUAUUAUGGUAUGAAGUAUCACAAAGUUUUAUCUCAAA